CGGUCAUUGUCCCAUGGUCCAAAGUUAUGGCAGAGAAUAGAUUGAAGAUCCGAUUUGUCUCGCCAGGAAGGAACACUCAGCCUCCCAGGGCAAGAACGUACUCGUCCUCGCAUUCGAACUCGAGGCCUACCCUUUUCACCUGCAGCGAGACCUAUCCUUCAAAGCGCAAUCAACAUAUUCGAGACGGCGGUGGCCUUGAUCCAUGGAGAUUCCUGGAGACCAUCGAGUUACGACUGAACGAGUUGGAACGGAGGAUGCCUUUCCGCUCCUUCGCGGCCAUGAUCGACUCCUUUUUCGAGCGUCUUGACCGGCUCGAAACGCCGCCGGAGAAUAGCCAGAUGAAUAACUUCCCGUCGAAUGACGAACUACACCUGCUUUCGCGCGCCGCAAUGCGGUUAUCAGCUCUGGAGAAAAGAGAAGGAAUAUUUUACAACUUUGUUGCAACACUUAAACAAAGCAAGAAAUAUCGAUGCCCAGAUGAACACUGUACGAAUCUGUACGACAAGCCGGAGCUGCGGAAACAUUUCAUGCAGAGACAUCACCCACUGUCGACGUUGAUGGAAAAAGAAGUGUGUAGGCCUUGUGGAGAAGUCUUCCGCUCGCCUCAAGGUCUUCAAAAUCACGAAAAGAGAGACCAUAACUCUGAUCCGAAAGUGAGGAUUGAACCUUAUUUAAGAUGGUUUCUUCAAUCUGACGCUGAAAAUGCCUAUAUGGCGCUGCUUUCUCCCGACACGAGGCUAGAUGACACUCGGAAGCCAAAAACAUCACUCAAAUAUGACUCGGUGCGUGGAAUCGGCAUGGAAACGGCUCUGAGCACGGGAAAGAGAAGCAAAAAGAGGAAGGCAACUCAGCUAGACAUAACAGAUCUAUCGGGGCAACAGAGUCUAGGAUACGGAGACCUCCCGGAGAAUGUGUCAACUCGAGCCAACAUGGAUGAGGUGAUUGAUGGGCCACACCAAAAGGCGACAGCAGGGCACAACCUUCUGGAUGUUGAAGGUGGUGCAACUCAAAUUACACAUCUCAACUCUCAAGAUGACCUUGGCGAAGGGAUGUUUCGUGCCCCCGAAUCACGACAAGCUGUGGUGCAUGAUGACGCGGUCCGGACGGAAGAAACACCAAACAGAUCAGCAACACAAUCGCACCAAAUCUCUGUCGAAUUCUCCGUGGAUGAGUUGUACAGCAAUAUGGUGCAUCAAAUGGACUUUGAAGAUUUCAUCCCUUUUGCCGAGGGUGCUACUAACUCAAAUGAUGAGGCGCUGACCACAUUCGGGUCUUCGUACGCUCCUUGCACCUUAACAUUCAAUGACCAAGAGGGCCCGGGGUUAUCUUACGACAACGAUUCGGGACAUUGCCCACCGACAGUCUCCGAAAUGUACGAUUCCCUUCUGAAUGAACUGUUUAGCGAGGCUUCAUCUGGCAACCCUGUACGUACUGAAUUUAUCUGAGGCGCACCUUUGGCAUCAGUAUACAAUGGCCUGGACUCCAGCAAGGCGGCUUUACCAAUCAAAUUGAUCUUCGCGGUCUAUAAGCCCGAGACGGGAGAUGACUAUCUCUCGCAGCAGCUUUCAGAUGCGAAUCCAGUUCCGCCUGGGGUCAGGUAUCAUGAUGUCCCAGAGCUAAGCUCAGCCGACCUAUGGUUUUUCCAAGCGUAGAGCAUAACUGCCAUAUACAGUUCCUUUUCGGGAGUUGGUGCAGGUACGCUGAAUCUCAAGUACGCGGCGACUAGCACUCUGUUAAUUGUUCAGUAAGAUAACGGGACUGAGGAUGAAGGUGGAGGCCUACAUGUCGGUCCCUCUCAACUCAACCACCCCUUCUUCGCCAGACUCUGGAGAACGGC